AUGCUUAAUUUCUUUUUAACUAAAAUAAAAAGAAAAACAAUAAGAAAAGAAAAUGGAACAAAGAAAGUUCAAUUGUAUUGUGAUAAAAUGAAUUGUAAAGAAAGUGAAUUUUUAAUGAAGUAUAGAGAUGAGUGUAUUAAAUAUGCCAUUAUGUUAAAAAAUAUUCCAUCACCUGAAGUUUUAAAUAUUGGAAAAAUAUUUAUACAAGCAAUUGAAGCAAAUAAAAUUUUAGAUAUUCGAUCAUUUUUUGGUCUUUCAACAAAUGCAUGGUCUGAAGCAUUAAUUUCAGGAGGUGAAAUAAUAUCUGUUGACUUGGAUCAUAGUAUAAAAAAAAAAAUUGAAAAAAAUAUAAAUGUUACAAAAAAUAAUUAUUCUAAUAAAGAAAUAACAAUUAAAGAUAUUGAAGAAGAUCCUUUACAAUUUCUUGAUAAAAUGGUAUCUAAUACAGAAAACUUAAAUAAAUUUGACUUUAUUUUUAUUAAUGAUGAUGGAAAAAAAUAUUCAAAAUAUUAUGAACAAACAAUGAAACUUAUCUCUCCUGGUGGUAUAAUUAUUUUUAAUAAUGUUUUAUCUUCCAGUAAAGUUGCUGACUACAAAAAUAUUAAUGAAGAAGCAAUUGCUCUCAGAAACUUAAAUAACAUAAUAUCAAAUGAUAGUAGAUGUAAUAAUAUUCUUCUCAAUAUUGAUGAUGGUUUACAUAUUGUUUUUAAACAUAAAAUUUAA